CAUUAAGGAUGUUUUAUCUAAUUGAAAAAUGAAUAAAAAAUCUGUUAAUGUUAGAAGUAAUUAAACAGUGUAUUCUAUCCAAUGAGAAGCAGGUUCAAAAAAUUCAGGAUUGAAUACAAAUAAUACCAAAGCUAUCAAAGUUCCUCCUAUAUUAAUUAUUAUUAAAUAUAUCUUGAUGGAAUCUAAUGUCACUAUGCCUGUUAAUAUGAGAACACAACCCUCACUCAAGGCAAAUAGAAAUGCCCCCCAAAAAUCUAAUUCAUGAAAUGGUAAAUAAUAAUAUUCUUCGAUUAUCUCUUAAGUUUGAAAAUUUGCAAUCAAUAAUGA